UCCAACAUGGCGGCCUACGCAAGUGCCACUUUGCUGCAGAUUCGGCUUGGAAAAUCAAGGAUCUUGAGUCACCUGAGGCUUAAAGUACCUGCAAGUUUCCAUGGUGACCAACAACAUGUACGCAACUAUGCUGUUGCACCCUGGGACCCCAGUGAACCUACGUUUGAUAAGAUCCUGAUAGCUAACCGGGGUGAGAUUGCUUGCCGUGUAAUGAGAACAUGUCGUGCCAUGGGAAUCAAGUCUGUCGCCAUCUACAGUGAAGCUGAUGUCAAUGCGCUCCACGUUGAGAUGGCAGAUGAAGCAGUUUGUGUAGGCCCAGCAGCAUCAAAGGACAGUUACCUCAAUAUGGAUAGAAUUUUACAAGCAAUCAGAGACACAGGCUCUCAGGCUGUUCAUCCUGGCUAUGGUUUUCUCUCAGAGAAUAUGGAAUUUGCAAAAAGAUUGGCAGAAGCAGAGGUAUCAUUUAUCGGGCCAGGAAGCCGUGCUAUCCAAGCGAUGGGUGACAAGAUCGAGAGCAAACUCCUGGCCAAGGAGGCUAAGGUCAACACCAUUCCAGGUUUCGAUGGAGUCGUAGAGACACCGGAUCAGGCAGUAGAGGUCGCUAAUGAUAUAGGUUAUCCAGUCAUGUUGAAGGCAUCGGCGGGAGGGGGAGGAAAAGGAAUGAGGAUAGCAUGGAAUGAUGAUGAAACAAGGGAAGGAUUCCGACUGUCAUCGCAGGAAGCAGCGGCUAGUUUUGGAGACGACAGACUCCUAGUUGAAAAGUUUAUAGAUAAUCCUAGACAUAUAGAAAUACAAGUAUUAGCCGAUUCCCAUGGCAACGCAAUCUACCUGAAUGAAAGAGAAUGUUCGAUACAGAGGAGAAAUCAGAAGGUCAUUGAAGAAGCACCCAGUACUUUCUUAGAUGAAGCUACAAGGCAAGCCAUGGGAAACCAGGCAGUAUCACUAGCAAGAGCAGUAGAUUAUAAAUCAGCAGGUACUGUGGAAUUUUUAGUAGACUCAAAGCGCAACUUCUACUUCUUAGAAAUGAACACCAGAUUGCAGGUUGAACAUCCGAUUACGGAGUGCAUCACAGGGGUUGAUCUGGUACAGGAGAUGAUACGGGUUGCUAAGGGACACGCCCUUAGAUACACACAGGAUGAUAUACCAAUCAAUGGCUGGGCCAUUGAGAGCAGAGUCUAUGCCGAGGAUCCUUACAAAUCUUUUGGUCUUCCGUCCAUCGGUCAUCUUCAUCGUUACUCCGAGCCCCUCCAUCUUGAUAAAGUCCGAGUAGACAGCGGGAUCAAAGAAGGCAGUGAGAUCAGCAUGUAUUAUGAUCCCAUGAUCUCAAAGCUUGUUACAUAUGGAGCCACGAGAGAGGAAGCCUUAGCAACCAUGGAAAAAGCCUUGGAUACAUACAUUAUUAGAGGUGUAACUCACAACAUAUCACUGCUUCAAGAUGUGAUUGCCAAUCCUAGAUUCAUCUCAGGUGAUAUCAGCACAAAGUUCUUACAAGAAGAGUACCCAGAAGGUUUCUCAGGAUGGAAGCUUGACCAAAGCGAGGAGACCAAUCUUAAAGCAGUAGCAGGAUGUUUGUAUAUACUCAAUCAAUUCAAAGCCCAAAGAUUUACAAACCAAACUAGGGUACCACCGACGCCAGUAUCGUGGGACCAAUCCAAACUGAGUGUAUUCAUCGACGGCAAGAGACAGGAUAUAGUAGUACAGAUGAAUGAUGCUGGAGGAAAGGUGGAUAUCAAUGGAGAAACAUUAGAUGUCAAUAUAUCAUGGUCAACAGCCCAAGAUGUUAUCACACCCACUAUAAAUGAUACUACUCUAUGUUUACAGGUUAUUUCAUGUGAUACUGCCGGCAACAUUCAACUUCAAUACAAAGGCACAAUCUUUACCCUGAAUGUAAUGCAGCAAGAGGCAGCUAAUCUCCAAGCAUUGAUGCCUGAGAAGGUCAAGCCUGAUGUGAGUAAAGAAGUUGUCUCCCCUAUGCCUGGCAAACUCCAUUCCCUCCAUGUGCAAGUAGGAGAUUCGGUUGGUGAAGGCCAGGAGGUGUGUGUUGUAGAAGCAAUGAAGAUGCACAACAGUCUCUUCUCAUCAAGAGACGGAAAGGUCAAAGCCAUUCAUUUUGUUGAAGGUGACAGCAUAGCGGAAGAAGACAUUAUUCUGGAGCUGGAAUAAGCGCGUGACACAUCAUUACAGUUCACGGGACUUUGCGAGAGGACAGAAAAAUCGAACAUUAGCGUUGCUGCAAUCAUGUCAUCACAAUUGCAUACCUCCCGGGGUUAUGAUACACCACAGUGAGCAAUGCUGUGCCUAAAUUAACUGUUUUAUAGCCGUUUUUCUAAAGGGCUUCAAAAUGACAGCAAAACGGCUAUAAAAAAGGGGAAAAAAAGGGCUACCAAAUGGCAAGCUGCUCACCAUGGUCAAGCUCCGAUAUACAUCACUGUGGUAUGUGAUGCAUGUAGUUUGAAGCUUGGAAGAGAGAGAUGAUCACCCCCCGUAUUUUGAGAUGAAAUUAAAGAGAAAUACCAGUAGUUGCAGUAAACACUGAUUUCAUGA